AUGCCGUGGCGGCUCCUGACGUUAGACGGCUUGCUGACCCGCUAUGCGGACGGCAUCUACAGCCAGCACGAUCUGCCCUUUGACGCCCUCGGCGACGUGGCGCAGAACGACGGCGCGGCGGGCCACCAGACGCGCGGCACAAGGAGGGUACCGAAAAAAGCGAGCAUCCACUACCCGGGUAUCAUCCGAAUCGCCAGCAGAACGCGCGUGUACGUGGAUCGCCAGCAAAACUGUACAUGCUAG